GGCUGACAGUUCAAACUGCAUCAUGCCAGGGAAAUGAAGGCAGCAGGUCACAUAACAUCCACAAAUCAGGAAACAGAAGGAUGAGAACAAACUAGUGCGUACUUUCUCCAUGUUCUGCAGUCCAGGGUUCCCUGGAAUGACGCCACCCACAGUUAAGAAAUAAAUACCUUCCCUUAAAUUGAUGAAAAUGAAAAUACAGAAGAAAGAGAAGCAGUUGUCCAAGUUAAAAUCUUUGAGUCACUCCCCAAUGUCAGAUGCCUCUGUUAAUUUUGAUUACAAAUCACCAUCACCAUUUGACUGCAGCACUGAUCAGGAAGAGAAAAUCGAAGAUGUUGCCAAUCACUGUCUGUCCCAGAAGGACCUUUAUGCUACUGAAGAAGAAGCUGAUACCCUUUUCUCUAGGAAGUUGAUAUCCCAUAAUGGGAUAGAGGAUAGUGGAGGCAGAGGUACUGGAGUGAAGAAGAAACGGAAGAAAAAGGAUCCAGGAGAGCAAGAGGGAACAAAGGGAAGCAAGGACAGGGAGCCCAAGCCAAAGAGGAAACGAGAACCUAAAGAGCCAAAAGAACCCAGGAGGGCCAAGGAGCCGAAGAGGGCCAAGGAGCCCAAGGAGGCAAAGCAGAAGGAUGGUGUGAAAAAGCCUCGGAAGCCCCGGGAGGCCUCGGGUACCAAGGAGGCUAAAGAGAAGAGGAGCUGCACUGACUAUGUAUCCAGGACUAAGUCCAAGAAGGCCAGCAAGGAGCAAGGACCAACUCCAGUGGAGAGAAAGAAGAAAGGAAAAAGGAAAAACGAAACCACUGUGGAGAGUUUAGAGCUGGAUCAGAGUUCGCCAAACUCAACCCUGCGGAGUCCUGAGGAGCCCACCGAGUCUACAGACAGCCAGAAACGGCGCUCCGGACGACAAGUAAAGCGCAGGAGAUACAAUGAGGAUCUUGACUUCAAAGUGGUGGAUGAUGAUGGGGAAACAAUCGCUGUCCUGGGAGCUGGCCGGACAUCUGCACUCUCCGCUUCUACACUGGCCUGGCAGGCAGAGGAGCCUCCAGAAGACGAUGCAAACAUCAUUGAGAAGAUCCUGGCAUCUAAGACUGUUCAGGAGGUUCACCCAGGAGAACCUCCAUUUGAUCUCGAGCUGUUCUACGUUAAGUAUAGAAAUUUUUCCUAUUUACAUUGUAAAUGGGCCACAAUGGAAGAGCUGGAAAAGGAUCCCCGCAUCGCACAGAAGAUCAAGCGAUUUAGGAACAAACAGGCCCAGAUGAAGCACAUUUUUACUGAGCCUGAUGAAGACUUAUUCAAUCCAGACUAUAUAGAAAUUGACCGUAUCUUAGAGGUGGCCCACACCAAGGAUGCAGAAACGGGGGAGGAGGUGACACAUUACCUGGUGAAAUGGUGCUCCCUGCCGUAUGAAGAAAGCACAUGGGAGCUAGAAGAAGAUGUGGAUCCUGCUAAAGUUAAAGAAUUUGAGUCUCUACAAGUUCUCCCUGAAGUUAAGCACGUGGAGCGACCCGCUUCUGACGCCUGGCAGAAGCUGGAGACGUCUCGUGAAUAUAAGAACAGUAACCGACUGCGGGAGUACCAGCUGGAGGGGAUGAACUGGCUUCUUUUCAAUUGGUACAACAGAAAAAACUGUAUUUUGGCGGAUGAAAUGGGCCUAGGGAAAACUAUCCAGUCCAUCACAUUCCUUUCAGAAAUAUUCGUCAGGGGAAUCCAUGGUCCUUUUCUCAUCAUUGCCCCUCUUUCCACCAUCACUAAUUGGGAGCGAGAAUUCCGGACAUGGACGGAGAUGAAUGCUAUUGUGUAUCAUGGCAGCCAGAUCAGCAGGCAGAUGAUUCAGCAGUAUGAAAUGGUGUACAGGGAUGCGCAGGGAAACCCUCUUUCGGGAGUCUUCAAGUUCCAUGUCGUCAUCACAACAUUUGAGAUGAUCCUGGCAGAUUGCCCAGAGCUGAAGAAGAUUCACUGGAGCUGUGUGAUAAUCGACGAGGCUCACAGACUGAAGAACAGGAACUGCAAACUUCUGGAGGGGCUAAAGCUCAUGGCCCUGGAACACAAAGUGCUGCUCACAGGAACACCCUUGCAGAACUCUGUGGAAGAACUCUUCAGUUUGCUUAACUUUCUGGAGCCCUCGCAGUUUCCUUCAGAGACUGCUUUCUUAGAGGAGUUUGGCGAUCUCAAAACAGAAGAGCAGGUAAAGAAAUUGCAGUCUAUCUUAAAACCAAUGAUGCUUCGGCGCCUGAAAGAUGAUGUGGAAAAGAACCUUGCUCCCAAGCAAGAAACCAUCAUCGAAGUAGAACUGACCAAUAUCCAGAAAAAGUACUACCGUGCCAUCCUGGAGAAAAACUUUUCCUUCCUAACCAAAGGCGCAAAUCAGCACAACAUGCCCAAUCUUAUCAAUACUAUGAUGGAACUGAGAAAAUGCUGCAACCACCCCUACCUGAUCAAUGGGGCAGAGGAAAAGAUUCUGGAAGAUUUCCGGAAAUCCCACAGCUCUGAGGCCUCUGACUUCCAGCUGCAGGCCAUGAUCCAGGCGGCUGGGAAGCUGGUGCUGAUCGACAAGCUGCUCCCCAAACUGAUCGCAGGUGGCCACAAAGUGCUCAUCUUCUCUCAGAUGGUGCGCUGUCUCGACAUCCUGGAAGAUUAUCUCAUCCAGAGGAGAUACACCUAUGAGCGAAUUGAUGGGCGAGUACGGGGAAACCUGCGCCAGGCAGCCAUCGACCGGUUCUGUAAGCCAGACUCAGACCGCUUUGUUUUUCUUCUGUGCACCAGAGCAGGAGGCCUGGGGAUCAAUCUCACAGCUGCUGAUACCUGCAUCAUAUUUGAUUCUGACUGGAACCCACAAAAUGACUUGCAGGCUCAGGCCCGGUGUCAUCGGAUAGGCCAGAGCAAAGCCGUGAAGGUGUAUCGCCUAAUCACUCGAAACUCCUAUGAGCGGGAAAUGUUUGACAAGGCCAGUCUGAAGCUAGGCCUGGACAAGGCUAUUCUUCAGGACAUCAACAGAAAGGGCAGCACCAAUGGGGUACAGCAGCUCUCAAAAAUGGAAGUGGAGGACUUACUCCGGAAAGGUGCUUAUGGGGCUUUAAUGGAUGAGGAAGAUGAAGGCUCCAAGUUCUGUGAAGAAGACAUAGACCAGAUUCUGCAAAGAAGAACCCAUACCAUCACUAUCCAGUCGGAGGGGAAAGGAUCCACUUUCGCCAAGGCUAGUUUUGUGGCUUCAGGAAACAGAACAGAUAUUUCCUUGGAUGAUCCUAAUUUUUGGCAGAAAUGGGCUAAAAUAGCCGAAUUAGACACUGAAGCAAAUAAUGAAAAGGAAAGCUUAGUGAUUGACCGGCCACGUGUGAGGAAGCAGACCAAGCACUACAACUCAUUUGAAGAGGACGAGCUUAUGGAGUUCUCAGAGCUAGACAGCGACUCAGAUGAAAGGCCCACACGAUCCAGGCGCCUCAAUGACAAAGCCAGGCGCUACCUUCGUGCCGAGUGCUUCCGGGUAGAGAAGAACCUGCUCAUCUUUGGCUGGGGCCGGUGGAAGGACAUCCUGACUCAUGGGCGAUUUAAGUGGCACCUGAAUGAGAAAGACAUGGAAAUGAUUUGCCGAGCCCUGUUAGUAUACUGUGUCAAGCAUUAUAAAGGAGAUGAAAAGAUCAAGAGUUUUAUUUGGGAGCUAAUCACACCUUCCAAAGACGGACAAGCUCAGACCCUCCAGAACCACUCAGGGUUGUCUGCCCCUGUCCCCAGAGGGAGGAAAGGAAAAAAGACAAAAAACCAGCUCUUGCUCCCAGAACUGAAGAAUGCAGACUGGCUAGCCACCUGCAACCCAGAGGUGGUCUUACAUGAUGAUGGAUACAAGAAACACCUCAAACAGCACUGCAACAAGGUGCUUCUGAGAGUCCGGAUGCUAUACUACCUAAAAGCUGAAAUACUGGGAGAAGCAGCUGAUAAAGCAUUUGAGGGAACUCCUGCCAGGGAACUGGAUGUGCUUCUGCCUGACAUUGACUACGUGGAGAUCCCAGUGGAUUGGUGGGAUGCUGAGGCUGAUAAGUCCCUUCUCAUUGGCGUGUUCAAGCAUGGUUAUGAGAGGUACAAUGCCAUGCGGGCUGACCCAGCACUCUGCUUCCUAGAGAAAGUCGGGAUGCCUGAUGAGAAGUCCCUGUCUGCAGAACAGGGUGUCACAGAUGGAACCCCAGACAUUCCUGAAAGAGGCAACAUAGAUAAAGAAGACAGUGCUGAGGACAAGUUAGAUGGUCUCCAGAAGCAAACGGCGAGCCCCAGUGAUGGAAGUGAUGGCAUUUUUGGUGAAAAGAAGGAUGACAGCCAGGCAGCCCAGGAUGGCUCCAACCCAGACAAAUCACCCUGGCCAGUUUCAUCUGCUCUCACUGCUCGACUCCGGCGUCUGGUCACCAUUUACCAGCGCUGCAAUCGCAAGGAGCUCUGCCGACCUGAAAUUCUAGGCCCAGGUAAUCAAGGAUACUGGGUUCAGGAGGAGGCGUUCAGGAGAACUUCAGAAAUGGACCUCAUCAACAAGGAAGCCCAUAAAAGGUGGACUCGAAGAGAACAAGCCGACUUCUAUAGAACAGUGUCUUCCUUUGGCGUUGUGUAUGACCAAGAAAAGAAAGCCUUUGACUGGACACAGUUCCGCAUCAUUUCCCGUUUGGACAAGAAGUCCGAUGAGAACUUGGAGCACUAUUUUUAUAGUUUUGUAGCCAUGUGCCGGAAUGUGUGUCGUCUUCCCACAUGGAAAGAUGAUGGUUCCUCUGAUGCCAACAUCUAUGUUGAACCCAUCACUGAGGAGCGGGCAGCAAAAACUCUGUACCGCAUUGAACUGUUGAGGAAAGUCCGUGAGCAAGUGCUUAGGUGUCCACAGCUGCAUGAGCGCCUCCAGCUUUGCAGGCCCAGCCUCUACCUCCCAGUCUGGUGGGAGUGUGGGAAACAUGAUCGAGACCUGCUCAUCGGCACUGCCAAACAUGGGCUCAACCGCACUGACUAUUACAUCAUGAACGACCCCCAGUUAUCCUUCCUAGAUGCCUAUAGAAACUAUGCCCAACACAAGAGAACUGACACACAGGCACCUGGAAGUCUCUGUUGCCUUUACCAGAACAAUUCUAAACUGUAUGAAUCUCUUACUUAUUCCCAAAUGAGGAGGACUUCAGAGUCCCUGGAAAGUGAGCCAGAGAAUCUGGUGAAAAUGGAAAACAGAGAUGAUCAUCUCUGUCUGCCUGAGGGCAGUUUAUCUGACAUAACUUGUGAAAACUUUAUUUCCAAAGUUCAGGAGGUUAUUUCUAUCGACCAUGACGAAAGCUUGCUGCCCGAGUCCUUGGAGAGCAUGAUGUAUGGUAAGACAGGACUCAGCCAAGAGCCACUCUCUUUUCAGGAAACCCCAAGUACCAACACACAGUCCAGGAAAGAUACUGUCACCGUCUCAGCCAACAGAGAUGAGAGCUGCCAGCCUGCUGGCAUUGAGGCAGAAAUCGCUUCAAACUCCUCUCUAAUGAGCAGCUUAGAAGCAGGAGUAGCUAAAAUGAACAUUAAAAAUGGAAAACAUUUGUUGAUCUCUAUCUCAAAAGAAGGGGAACCCUGCUGCAGUGAGACAGGACAGAGACCUGAAAGCACGGGCCACCUAGAGGCCAAAUGCUUAGCUUCCCCUACCUUAGAUACAGGACAUGAAAGUGGGUUUGUAGAUCUGUGCAGCCUUAGCGUGUGUGACUCCAGAAGAAAACUGUCAUCAGAUCAGCAGUUAAUUGAUUUAUUAGAAAACAAGAGUCUAGAAAGUAAGUUGAUUUUGAGUCAGAACCAGAGUGAUGAGGAAGAGGAAGAAAAUGAGGAUGAAACUUUAGCCAUAGUAGCAAGCACCACAGAAAAGCCAGAGGGCUUACAUUUCACCAGGUCCAGUGCAAGCAUCCCACGGGGAAAGAACCUCUGUUUCCACCAGGAUGAAGCCAAGAAAGGAAACCUGGAGGUGGUAAGCCAGACUCCUGGACCACAGAGGGCCUUUCCUCCCUCAGCCAGUCAGUGCCACUGCAAACACAUGGAAAGGUGGGCACAUGGCCUGGAGAGUGAGGAGUCUGAAGUAGAGAAACUCAAAGCUUAUCAGCCAGACCUGUACAGAAGCAAAGCCAAUAAUACUACAGUGGAAGGUGAGCCUGCCAUUAUUCCAGCAGAGCCAUUUAAACUGAAGCAUGAGCUUUUAAAAGAACCAUGGAAAGAAAGUGCAGAGGGGGGAAAGAGUUUCUCCAUGUAUGUUCCUGAGGGAAUUGAGCCCAAACCAGAAGACAUGGAUUUUGAGAAUAAAGAUGAUUAUGAGAAAGAUGGAACCUGCCACAGUCAAGACUACCCAGGAAAAUACUCUGAGGAAGAGAGUAAGAGUUCGACAUCAGGCAUUGCAGGAGACCUUGGGGAAGAGGCACAGGAAGUACGGGCUCCCACCAUUGCUCAGUUGCUGCAGGAGAAAACCUUGUAUUCCUUCUCAGAAUGGCCAAAGGAUCGUGUGAUAAUUAACCGCUUAGAUAAUAUUUGCCAUGUGGUGUUAAAGGGGAAGUGGCCCUCCACUCAACAGUAUGAGCCAUCAGGUGCACUGCCCACGCCAAUUUUAACCAGCAGUGCAGGUUCUCGAAACAGCCUCUCAGAGCCGGAAGCAGCAGAACAUGGCUUCAGCAGUGGUGCAGCAUUGGCAGCCCAAAUCCAGAAGGAGAGCUUCUUAGCCCCAGUAUUCACAAAAGAUGAACAAAAGCACAGACGUUCCUUUGAGUUUGAGGUGGAAAGGGAUGCCAAAACUCGGAGCCUAGAACAAUACUCUGCUACCCAUGGGCGUCCCCCCAUUGUCCUCAAUGGCUGGCAUGGGGAGUCGGCUAUAGACCUCUCCUGCUCAUCAGAGGGGUCCCCAGGAGCCACAUCCCCUUUCCCAGUGAACACCAGCACCCCUAAGAUUGGGGCUAUCGGUUCACUUCAAGGAGCCCUAGGUAUGGACUUGUCUGGAAUUCUGCAAGCUGGCCUAAUCCACCCAGUAACUGGACAGAUCGUCAAUGGAAGCCUCAGGAGAGAUGAUGCUGCCCUGAGAAGGCGGAGAGGGAGGCGAAAACAUAUUGAAGGAGGGAUGGACCUCAUCUUUUUGAAGGAGCAAACACUUCAGGCUGGAAUUCUGGAAGUCCAUGAAGAUUCGGGGCAGACUACCCUGAGCACCACACACCCUGAAGGGCCAGGAGCUGCUUCCUCAGCUCCUGAGCCGGCAACAUCCAUUGACCAGACUGAGAAAGCUGUUCCCAGCAAGAGCCUACUUGACUGGCUGCGGCAACAAGCUGACUACUCCUUGGAUGUCCCUGGCUUUGGGGCAAGUUUUUCAGACAAACCCAAGCAGAGGAGACCACGCUGCAAAGAACCUGGAAAAUUAGACAUCACCUCUCUGAGUGGAGAAGAAAGAGUUCCUGCUGUCCCCAAGGAGCCAGGACUGAGGGGGUUUCUCCCAGAAAGCAAAUUCAAUCACACCCUAGCUGAGCCUGUGCUUCGAGAUGCAGGCCCCCGCAGAAGGGGGAGGCGGCCUCGGACUGAACUCCUAAAAGCUCCAGCCAUUGUGGCAGACUCGCCCUCUGGAAUGGGACCACUGUUCAUGAAUGGGCUGAUUGCAGGGAUGGACCUGGUAGGAUUGCAGAAUGUGAGAAAUAUUCCAGGCAUUCCUCUCACUGGGCUGGUGGGCUUCCCAGCUGGUUUUGCUACCAUGCCUACUGGUGAAGAGGUUAAAAGCACCCUGAGCAUGCUACCCAUGAUGCUGCCAGGCAUGGCUGCAGUGCCCCAGAUGUUUGGUGUUGGUGGACUCCUCAACACACCCAUGGCAACCACUUGUACGACCACUGCAUCCGCAUCUCUCUCAAGCACAACAAAAAGUGGUACCUCAGCCACUGAAAAAACUACAGAGGACAAACUAAGUGGCCGUGAAGUAAAAGCAGAUACUCUGGUUGAAGAAAAGUCUGGCCCAGGUCCGUUUUCUGAUCAGUCUGAACCCACAAUAACUACUAACAGUCCUGUGGCUUUCAACCCAUUUCUCAUCCCAGGAGUGUCUCCUGGGCUCAUCUACCCAUCCAUGUUUCUUUCCCCUGGCAUGGGCAUGGCUUUGCCAGCCAUGCAGCAGGGCAGACACUCAGAGAUGGUCAGCCCUGAGAGCCAGAAGAGGAAAAAGAAGAAAACAAAGGGGGAUAACCCCAACCCAGAGCCUGCUUCCGGGUGUGAGAGGGAGCCAGACAGUGAUCAGAACUGCACCGAGUUCAGUACCACUUUGCCUCCAGAAAGAGAACACGUGGCACAGGCCGGGGAAGGGGGGCUCAAAGACUCCAAUGAUGAUACCAAUUAGAACUUUUUCAUUUAAGAAAUGAUUGUGACUUGUAAGUUUCUUAUCCCAUAAAGGUUUGUUACUUCCCUCACUUCACCUUCAUGAGAACCUGUGUCUCCAUCAGUAAUAUUGCCUACCUAAUUUCCUGUCUGAGAACUAUGGUAACAUGUUAAUAGUUGCAGGGUCUUGCCGUUUUCAUUAGAUGAGUGUCAUCUACCUUGUGUAGGGGGCACAGAAUUCUUUCUUUUAUCCAGUUCAUUCCAGCAAUCAUAAUUGAUACUGUACUUGGUGACAUACCUAUUCCCCCUUCUCUUUCAAGUCCCACUUAUCUGAGGAAGAAAAUGGCAGAAGAAAGCUGCCUAAGGAUUCAUCGGGGCCAAAGAGCAGAGACAAGCAAGUGCAGCAGUUGAAUAGGAAGACCAUAUCAAGGGAACGAAAGGCACAGAGUAGGAAGUGCUGGUACAUGCUUUCUUAGUUCAAGAGUCCCUGUGUUAUGGUUACUGAGUAGUCUGCAGUGUAUGAACUGAUGAUUGAAAAUGCACGUACUGAUGGCUUCUUUAAACCAGAACCUUCCUGAUAGUAGUACAGUUUCCCCCUCGUAGUUGUUCAGACACCUGCAGCAAGAGGAAAUACUGGCCAGCUAGGCAGUAUGCAUAUCAUGCCCACUAAACGAGAGAAGCUUCAGCACCUUGCGUUUACUGUAGCAAGUGGGAGAGCACUGCUCACCUGGUCCACUAACACUGCUGGCACCUUAUCCCCCGGGACUGCAGCCGCUCAUUCAUUCCCCUCCAUGUUAAGAAACCUGCUGGAUUUCAUUUUGUGUUCUUUCCCCCAGAGCCAGGCUUUAUGGAGCCUGUGGGAGAUAAUUGCUCAGUACUUGCUAGACUCUGUCAUCAGUGUAGUGUGACUAAACACACACACACACCACCUUUGACAUUACAACUGUGAAAUUUUUUUCCCCCGCUCCCUUAUCUCCCUACUCUGUCUGUAUCUUAGAUUUGGGCCCAGAUUCCAAAUUGCCAGUCAGGCAAGGUUCUGUGAAGUCGGCAGCGUACUCUCUCCUGCUUCUCCAUGUUGAAGAAUUGAGCAGGGAGGAGCCCAGCCAGCGGCACUUCAGCUUCCCAUUUUCUUCCCUCUUCCCCCUUACAUCAUGUCCCUCCUGAUGGUCUCUUUCAUGGACAGCUCAUGCUUGAGACUUCAACCAACCAAGCCCGGUUCAGCUCUCUGAGGCCAGGGCUCAGGGGCGGACAGGUGGCAGGGGUUCCGCCUACCAGGCUCACUGCGUCUUCACAAUUGACUGUUUCUGUUUUUACUCUUCCUGUUACAGUCUUGCUAAUUUAUCAGAAGGUCUGAAAGUUUGGCAUGCUAUUUCAGUUUGCAUUAUUUAUUUAUGAUGAUUUUGUCAUUGUCUUUUAUACAUUUGGGUUUAUAAAUUAUGUAAAUGUUAAAAUGAGCAUCUCAAAGAAGUCUGUUAAAUUGUGACCGAAAAAACCAAUCAGGUGUAUUUUCAAAAAGGAGAGUCCCGGUUUUAUGAAACAUAGAUAUAAACUAGAAAUUCUAUAACUGAUCUAUAAGAAGGAAGAAUCCAAGAACUGAAUAAAUGCUAUUUAAUGAUGUGUUUGUAGUGUAGAAGGUCUGUGAUACUGACAACAGAUUUCUUAGAAAUGCUGCUUGCUAUUGAAAUAACAUUCUGUUCGGUUUUGCCUCCAGUGGAAGCAGAAAGGGUUUUCAGCUGUUAAAUCCUAAAAAAAAAAUCAAUAUAAUUUAUUUAUGUAAAAGAAACACUCAAUCAAUAUAUUUUUUGAACCUUUUAAGUACUAAUUUUCUUUUUAUCAAGUAGAAAAAAUGUAUUUGCCCUAAAUCCUUAAAAUACAAAUGCUAUAAAAACUCCUGUAUCUUGAAA